CUUUCACAAAAGUCAUUGUUGUAAAACACGACAAGAAAGAAGAGGGUGACUAGUUUUUAUAGUUUUUGUGGCUCAAACAACAGAGUUGGCAGUUUGAUACAUUAGUUAAAGAUGGGCAGUAAAGCACUAUUUGAAAUGACAGAUAAAAUAUUGAACUAUAAAGAACAGUUUGAUUCUUCGUUUAAAGAAAUUGUUGAUGAAUUAGUAAAAGAAACUGAAAAUAAGCCCGAAUUAGCACCUGCAGCGAGCUGGUUACGCAAAGCUUUAAAUUAUAAUACAUUUGAUGGGAAGAAGUCACGAGGCAUGAUGGUCAUUGGAACUGUGGAUAUUUUACGAGAGGGUAAUCCAUCCAAGGAUGAAGUUAAGAAAGCAAUAGUUCUUGGUUGGUGUGUAGAAAUACUUCAAGCUUUGUUUUUAGUUGCAGAUGACAUAAUGGACCGCUCCGAGUUAAGAAGAGGAAAACCAUGUUGGUAUAAAAAGUGUGGUCUGGUAGCUAUUAAUGAUACGUAUUUAAUGGAACAAGCAAUAUUCCAGUUGAUCGAUAAUCAUUUCUCUGACCAGGCCUACAUGUUUCAGUUGUAUAAAGCGUUUCAUAGCACAAUUUAUUUAACAGCAAUGGGACAGGGUCUUGACAUGCUUGCUUCUGAACCGCCAGAGGGUAAUUUUUCGAUAGAUUUGUUUACAGAAGAGAAGUACAAAUCUAUUGUAAAGUACAAAACAGCAUAUUACUCAUUUUACUUGCCGGUAUCUCUUGGAAUGCACAUCGUUCAAGUGAAAGAUAACGAAGUGUUUAAAGAGGCGGAAUUGAUUUUACUCAAAUUAGGUGAAUUCUUUCAAAUUCAGGAUGAUUACCUGGAUUGUUACGGUGAUCCUGCCAUCAUGGGAAAAGUUGGACGUGAUAUAGAAGACGGGAAGUGUUCUUGGUUGGUGGUGCAAGCAUUAAAGAAAGUGAAUGCUGAAGAAAAGAAAAUCCUAGUCGAUAAUUACGGAAAAGAUGUGGUAAAGUCUGUUGAGAUAGUAAAGAAAUUGUACCAGAAGUUAGAUCUGCAAAGCGUAUAUGGUGAAUACGAGGAAGAGAGUUAUAAGAACUUGUGCAAAUACAUAACUAAUCACUCUGCCCACUUCCCUCAAGAACUGUUUUUGUUUUUGGUGAAAAAGAUUUACAAACGAAACAAAUAGGAGGCAUGCAUAUAGAUAUAUAGGUUUCUAGUUGUCAAUUUAUGUAAGGUCUUAGGUAUAUUAUUUUUAAAUUAUAUUCUUUUUUAUCUGUUUUUUCCUAAAUGCAUCAAAACUUUCAUUUUAUGUUUUUUGGAAAUCUUGUAUUCUUCAGCAUAGCCGUCUUUUUUUCCAUGCGCCUUGCAACAAAAUUUAUAUUUAUUAUAGAUAUUUUUUAAUGUUGUGAUUGCUGUUCAGUUGUUUACUUUAGCAGUACUAGCUUUGUUGAUGUUGUUUUGUGCAAUAUAGGUACAACAAAAGUAUCUAUAUAAAUGUUUAAAUGCUAGACCUUAUGCUAAAAUACUUUAAGAUUAUAUACUGAAAUGUAGCUAAUGUUAAAAUAUUUACAUUGAAUGUUUAUUUGACUAGGAAGUUUUAUUUUACUCAAAUUGGUGAUUUGAAUUCAAAUUCAAAUUAAAAGAAACAUAGUUCAGCAAUUUACCAUAUGUAUUUUUUCUUGGUUUUAGUUUUAUAUACACAUUUUUUUGAAAAACAAUAUUUAAGUUUAUGUCUGCAGUCCUUCAGAAGAAGAAUGCAGAGGUCAAUGCACUAAAAAGCCUCAGCAGUGACUUUGACAGACAUUGACAUUCUUAGCACUAUUCUAGUUUUGAAAAAUUUGUAAACUAAGCCAAGCAACAUUGUCUCAACAUUUGGUUACAGGAUCUUGUUGUCUACUUUCGUGUGGCGAUCUUGUGAUGUUUAGCCAUCUGAUGCAUCAAGAUAACAAAUGUUUUUGUAUUAGUAGAAUACUUUUCAUAGGGUGUUCUUU